CUUUUCUUCUUUUCCAUUUCUAUCGAUCUCUCCUCUAAUUUUCCGGCGGCCCACCCUCCACCGCCGCCGUAUUCUUCGUUUCGCCGCUUCCAUUUUGAAUCUAAUGACUGAAAGUCUGUGAAUGAGACAGUAGACAACGCCCAAAAAUGGUACUUGAGAAACCCCAAUUCGACCCAAAGGGACCUCCUUCUGCUCCUCUUCAUCAGAUUGAUGCAGACGACGACAAUGCGAAACAACUCAAAGAGUGUUCUUCUCUCUACUUGGCAUUGCAGGAUUGUGUAAACACUAAUAGGAAUUGGAAAUCUUGCCAAUCAGAUUUUGAAAGUGUGGAAAUGACUCAAGAUGGGAUGAACAAUACGGGAGAUUUUGAAAGUGUGGAAAUGACUCAAGAUGGAAUGAAUAAUAUGGGAGGUGGUUGGUAGGGUUUUGGAUAUUUGGAAAGAAAUUAAAGCUUGAAAUGGUCUCAACAGGAGGGAAUGCUGCAGCAUUGCAACAUCAUCGCGUCUGCCCAGUCAACUGCUUCAAGGGUCCAUGGGAAGUAAUUGGUCAACUCAGCUUUUUGGAUUUAUGCAAUUUGGGCUGAGCAUUAACUAAAAGGCUUUUGGGCCAUUCAAAGCUUGUGGAUCUAUUGGGCUUAGAAAGGCCCACGUGGGGCAAAAAGGACAAAGAAAUAAAACCUAUCAUCAUAUUUUUCCUUAGGAGGAAAAAAGACUACACGCUCAGAAAAAAAAAAAAAAAAAAGUAGCAGCCGCUUGGUUUUAUUAGGGAAUAUAUACAUAUAUAUUUGGAGAGCUUGAAAGGGGGGAGAAGAAGACAAGAGCAAAGGGAAGGACCUAGAAGAAAAAGACAACUUGGAGGCUUCCUCCCAUUGGCUUGCCUCUCUCUCUUUACUCUUAGUAUUUUUAAUUUUUCUUGUUAAAUUUCUGAAUAUGAACUCCAUUUAUUGGGUUGUUUUUGAGUUUGUAACAAUGAGCUAAACUCUAAUUAGCUAGGAUAAUUUGAACCCUAAUAUGUGACUUGUGAUAUUUUGAUUUUGAUGCUAAUGCACUUGUGGUUUAUUCAUUCAA